GUCAAAAUGGCUGCCCCAAGGAAGCCCGCACCGCGCAGCUAGUAAGGGUUGGGGAACAGGCUUCUGCGGGAAAGGGGGAGGGGGGCUCUCGGAAGAGCCGUCGCCAGAACCGCAGGCAGGACUAUCGCCCCCCCGAGCUGCACAGGUUCUAAUUACAGGUACACCUUGACAUAACUUUUGAACUAUCUGGAAAAAUAUUGCCCAGAAAAAAAAAUGAUAAAAUUUUUCCUCAUGGUGAAUAAACAAGGACAGACCCGACUUUCUAAAUACUAUGAACAUGUGGAGAUCAAUAAGCGUACAGUUCUGGAAACGGAAGUCAUAAAGAGCUGUCUCUCCCGAUCCAAUGAACAAUGUUCUUUCAUUGAAUUUAAGGAUUUUAAGCUGAUAUAUCGACAGUAUGCAGCUCUCUUCAUUGUGGUUGGAGUAAAUGACACUGAGAACGAGAUGGCCAUUUAUGAAUUCAUCCAUAACUUUGUGGAAGUGUUAGAUGAGUACUUCAGCCGAGUGAGUGAAUUAGAUAUAAUGUUUAAUUUGGAUAAAGUACACAUCAUUUUGGAUGAGAUGGUGUUAAACGGCUGCAUCGUGGAAACGAAUCGGGCAAGAAUUCUUGCCCCUCUACUCAUUCUUGAUAAAAUGUCAGAAAGCUGAAUGAUGGAAGGCUCUGCCAGACAACAUCAACCUGUAGAAGUGAGAAUACCAUGGAAUACCUCUCAACAUCUGUAGCCCCAAAAAUGUGGAAGACUGCACAUUGCAAAAUGGGGUGUCCUUCCAAAGACAUUUUAAAUAGGUGUUUUCCACAUUUCCUAAAUGGAAAACAAAGCUUUAUUUUAAAAUAUGGUAUUCAAAGAAAUAUUUUCUCUGAACUAAGAGACAAGUUUUGUUUUCUAACCAUAAGCAUUUUUUCCCUACUUGUUCAAAUUUUGUUGAGUUCUGAGGGUAACUUUUUUGUUCUCUGCUUUCCUAUGCACAUUUAAUUCAGGAUUAGCAGCAUGGGAAGAAUGUGUGACAAUUAUCAGCCAAUAAAAUUUUAAACACACACAGUA